AUGAACCUCUUCAAGUUUUUGCUAACUUGUAUAUUAUUUUCCCACGUUGGAACAGAAAUUCAGAUAUUAAUCAACCCUGUGAAUUUGCCUGAAAACAUGCUCCCUGGAAUAGAACUAAGUCGAGCUUAUGAUAAAGAUGUGGCUGGAAAACCAGAUGCCUAUCACUUUCUAAGUGAGGCAAAGGAUUUUGUCAUUGAUGCAAGUUCAGGUGUUAUCACUUCCACCAAAACUUUUAAUUAUGAAACUGACCCAACCAGGUUUCUAUUUAUAGUUGACACUGGAGGCACCACAAGGAGCGUUUUAACUGUUAACAUAAUCGAUGUUCCCGAGCCUCCAGACUGCACUGCAGACCCCCUGUUUUCUUCAGGCACAGCUACCAUGGAAAUUGGUGAAGACACUCCGCUAUUUCAGUCUAUUUAUAACGUGAUUGCCACAGAUGAGGACAUUGCUAAUGGGGACAAGUUAACAUACAUGAUUGAGACACAGUUAUCUGGACCGAAAAGAGGAGCAAAAUGUUUUGGAAUAGAUCCUAUAAAUGGUGUUGUGAGUUUAAGAGGUGAAGAUCCUUUGGACUUUGAUGCUGGAUAUCAUACUUUUCAACUUGCACUGAGAGCAACAGAUACAGCUGGACUGUUCUGUCAAGGGACAUUAAUUAUCAAGAUUAAAAAUGUCAAUGAUGAGAAGCCUCAAUUUGAGCAAUUUCCUUUGAAUUCUCUUAAUGUGACUGAAAAUAAGCCUAUUGGGGAAAUAAUUGCAAGAUUAAAAGCAACUGACAGAGAUGAAGAUAGCAGCAUAAUUUAUUCCUUUAAAACACAAGAAGAAAGGUUUGGUCUGGACCCUUUCACAGGCAUAAUCACUCUACUUCAAUCUUUGGAACUUGAUAAUCAAAAUAAUUCGAGAAGCUAUUCUUUGGAAGUUGAGGCCAGGGAUGAUGGAAAUAAUACUGGCACUUAUAUGUUCACAAUUUUUGUGGAGAAAGUGGAUUAUCCUAUUUCCUGUGAUUCAAGUUUUUCAACAGGAGCAGGUGCCUCAGUGUCUGUUCCAGAAAACAUUCCUGCAUUUGCUGUCAUCUAUAUGAUCCUCUCCAGAGACCCAGAUCCUGAACAAGAAGUUGAACAAUUCCAGCUAGUGGUUGCUGUGAGGAAUAGGCACGACCUGUCUCUGGAGUCAUGUAUUGGUACAAUAACAGUAAACAUCCAGAAUGUCAAUGAUGAGAGUCCAGUUUUUACAUACAUACCACAUGAACCGAUAAAUAUUUAUGAAAAUCUGCCUGUAGGAACAAAACUUGUCAAACUGAUGGCAACCGAUAGAGACAUAGAUGAUGCGGUGCAUUAUGAAUUCAUUGGUACACAAAAAGAAUUUUCUAUAAAUGAAGACUCAGGAGAAGUCACCAUUGCUUAUCCACUGGACUAUGAAGAUGUGGCAACUCCAAAGUCUUGGGUAUUAUAUGUCAGAGUUUAUGAUGAUGAACGAGUACAUUCAACAACUGGGACACUCACAGUAAUUCUAGAAGACAUAAAUGACAAUGCACCCCGAUGUUCACAGGAUAUUUAUGUAUUUGAGCUUCCUGAAAACAUUCCUGUUGAAACUCUUUUAGUCUCCCUGACUUGUACAGAUAAGGAUAGAACUGUUCCCAAUAACAAUGUAACUUAUCAUUUAAUUAAGGACACUUUUUCAAACAAAACCUUUACUCUUAUAAACAAUGAACUGAAAAUUGGACCUACACAUCUAGAUUAUGAUAAUAUAAUUUUUGCAGGAAUGCAGUUUAAACAUAUAUUGUUUAUAAAAGUAUCUGAUGAAGGAAUUCCUAUACUUUCGACAACUAUUACAAUCAUCAUAAGGGUGACCCAGAUAAAUGAACUGAACCCAAAAGGAACCAUGCCAGAAUUUACAUUGGACAUAUAUGAAGAUAGACCAGUUGAUGCACUAGUUGGAAAAGUUACAUUUACAGAUGCAGACUGGCCACUUAACAAUAUAAAAUAUGCCAUUGUUGGAGGUAAUUUUGGAACACCACCCAAAUUUUACAUUGAACCAUACACAGGAGUGAUAAAGCUAUUAGAUUCACUGGACAGGGAAGCUGAAUCCCAGUACAAGAUAGCAGUGCAAGUUACAGACUUGGACAACGAUGCUCUCCCUGACCCUAUCAGGCAGAGAAGGGCUACUGCUCAAGUGACCAUCCAUGUUCUGAAUGUGAAUGAUGAACCUCCUGUGUGCAAUCCACCACAUAUGGAAAUGCAGAUUUUUUCUACUGUUAAGGGACCUUUUAUUCACCUCAACUGUUCAGACAGAGACUCUCCACAGGAACAUCUGAGUUAUUCAAUUAUAGGAGGAAAUACAAACAAUCAAUUCACACUUUGGAGACAAGGUGUUGAUCCUCCAUUUCUGGCCACCAGGAAGAAUUUCCAGUAUGAUCUAUUUCAAGGGAUUCAAGACCCAAUGACUUUCCAGUUGCUUGUUGAAGUCACUGAUGAAUUAGGUGGGGAUAAAGUUAGGCAGCUGUCAGCCACUGUUACAGUUAUAGUUCAUGUACUUCCUUGGACCACAGUGCUGCCAACUUCUUCCACACAAACAACUACAACAACGAUUACUACUGCUGUGUUGAAGAAAUUUUCAUACUAUUGGAGGCCAGAUAACUGGCUUCCUGCUGUUCUCACUCUAAUGGGAGUCCUCUUUGGGUUGUGUCUCUAUGCAGUUGCAUGGUGCCUCUUCAAACAUUCAUGCUAUUUACUAAAAGAACAGUCAAUGCAAUACAAUGAACCAGCAGAUGGCGCCAAAGAGCUUAUUAAUUCAACUGUCCCUUCUUUAGUAAUUGAGGAGUCCGUGUACAUGCAGUACAGUGGUAGUAGCUAUGAUGAACCAGCAGUUGUGGGUAGCAAGAACAAUGGGGAAGUAGUUGGAGAAGAAUUAAGAGCUGUCCGGUCCCUGUGGGUCCCUGGACAGACAUAUAUGGGGGCCAUGUUGAGUCACGUGCGUCCGGUCUGGCUGUCACAUCCAGGAAGGGAGGAGGACUCAAGGGGAGAGCGAGAAUUUAUGGGUGUGGCCUGGGGCAAAAAGUGGUCAGGGGUGCCCCAGGAUGAGUCCGCCCCUAAAGCUAGCUUACAAAGGUCUACUUCUAAGAUUGGCCAGGGGGUAGAUGUUGACAGUUGA